GAGUUAUGUGAAGCUACUGCGAGUUCUUAUUUUAGCCGCUCAUCAGUCAUCAAUACUCGAAUUUCGAAUUUCACUGCUAACAAGUAGGAGAGGCUUACUCACUUGAGGAAGAUCCACCAAAGUUUGUAUUUGCGCAUAGUGUUAUGCACUCGCCACUACCUCAAACUAAGACAUUCUUUCUGUGCCCUUGGAAUGGUAACGAAAAUGUUGACUCAUAGUUGAAGAAGAUCCAGGAACUGUGGUGAGUAAAUGGGGUUGGUCAGAGGAAGGUCAUUGUUAUUUUUUGGUUCUUGACAAUCUCUCCCUUGGCGCGGAGUUAACAACUCGAGUCUUAUAUAAACUCGUUACCUGUUAGAUUCGAUAUACAAGUGAAUGAUUUACCCGCUUUAAAGAUCGUGUGCCCAUUAUUUAUAAGGUUAAAAUUUGCCUUAGAUUUUUGAACUAGGAACCAUCCAUAAUGAAAACAAAUGUAUAUUAAGACAAUGUACUAGUCACAAAAUAAUUACUUCAAAAUACACCAUAUUAUUAACACGAUGACUCUCGUAUCUUUUUCAUUUUUUUUUUCUUAAAAUGAUUUAUAGUUCAAAGCUCAGACUUUCGUACAUAAAACUUCUUGUUGAGGUAAAGAAAAUUCUUAAUUUCUUUUCGAGGCAUACUUUAGUUUGUAUAGUUAAAUAAGAAACUACAAUCUUAGAAAAAUUUGAGAUUUAUCCAUCAUCCAUGUAUAGUGAGAAAGCAAAGGUGGGUUCGGCUUGGCUACUGCAGGCGGUUUAAUCACGAACUGGCUUGGCAAGUGCUUGGAUGCGUUCUCAUGCAAUCUGAGAGCGUGCUCCAUUACAAGUACAAAGCUUAAAGGAGUUGUUGUUCAUCUCGAGAGAGGUUUGUGUCAAGGGUUAUGGAGAGUUGAGUCAAACCUUGAUUCAAGUACGACAAUUAGCAUCAUCGAGGAUUGGAAAGAAAAUGAUCACUCCCAUGGUUUGCUUGCCACGAAAAUCGGGAACCUUAUUGAGUGGGAUCGGGAGGUUGUAGUGAACCAUGUUUAUAGAGAAAAGAACAAACACAUCAUAUUUUAUGGCUUCUAGAGGUCAUGUUCCUCCUUUUGACAUAAAUAAACUCAAAAUGUGCGGCCCUAACUUGGAACAAUGGCUGUACGAUGUUAUGUGAAUCUCCAUGACAAAAUCUAUUAUCAUUACGAACUAGGCCAUUUUUCGUCCGGCUUUCUAAAAAAAAAAGCAAAGAUCACGUGUUUAUCUCUUUCGUCUUAAACUUUAAAGUUUCAAUAAUACACAACAACCAAGUAACCAAAGUCUUAGUUUCUAAUUGCACAAACUCAUGGUUGUUUACCUUUAUACUAUUAUCUCUAUUAUAAAUAUUACCAAAAUUAAUUUUUUUGAAAUCACGACCUUAUAUUGGACCAUUGGCUAGACUUGCAAUCAAGAAAGUUCAACUAAAUCCAGAAAAAGGAAGGAAAAAAGGAAACACUCAAACUAUGUCAAAGUUCCAGGAAACGAAUCCAACAUUAAUUAUUUCUUGUAUGACUUCCCUUCCCAAAGAUAAAAACAGAAACAACUAAAACAAAAGUCACAGUAAACAUUUACCCAAACGUAACUGAAAGCCAAACAAAAGUCACCCAUCUUUGAAAUAAAUGGCACCCUAGGCCACAAAAAAAGUUACAACAAAGACUUAGAGAGCAAGCAUUCCAUUAGGUUAAUUAUACUCUAGGUAUUCAUUAAUGUCAAUACCCCCUAUUUUUAAAAUGCUGGGGAUUAGGACUAUUACCAUAACUGGGGCCUCCCUCUUGUUGGCUGGACUAGUGGUUGCAACCAAGUUUAACAAACUUUAAUUAAGUUGAUGAACUACAACUUUAGUUAUUGACUUGUGUCCUCUUCUCCUCUCUUCUCUUGCAUGCUGUAGGGCACAUGACCCACAGGGCUUGAAAUCUUCUUCAUCAUCACCACCAAGUAAACUGUAACCUAAUCUCCCACCACCAAACCACCCUCUCUCUCUCUCUCUCUCUCUCUCUCUCUUUCAACUCUUUCACACACAACAGAAGAGCCCUAAGACCUUCUCUCUAUCAGCUGUUUCUUUCCCUAUAAAUACUGAACCCCAUUUCCCAAUCCUCUCCCACAUUCCUCAAGCUCCAAUACCCUUCUCUCUUCACAUACUGAUCUGAAGAGCUCACAGCUUGUGAACUCAAGAGACAACAACAACAACAAUGGAGUUUCUGAAACAACCUCAAUAUCAUUCCUUGUUCGUUUUCUUGUUUGGCCUUGUUCUGUUGUUCCCUGCUGCAUUGUCGUGGAAAGAUGCUGUGACUCACGUCCAUCAGUUUGUUAUUCAAGAAGCGUCAGUGAAGAGGCUGUGCAAGACCCAACAUGUGAUGACAGUGAAUGGGAUGUACCCCGGGCCAACCUUGGAGAUCAAGAAUGGUGACACCCUCUCGGUCAAAGUCAUUAACAAGGGAAAAUACAACAUCACCAUCCAUUGGCAUGGAGUGAGGCAAAUGAGGACCGGGUGGGCCGAUGGGCCAGAAUUCGUGACCCAGUGUCCGAUCCGACCAGGAGGCAGCUACACGUACCGGUUCACGGUUCGUGGUCAGGAAGGAACCCUUUGGUGGCACGCCCACAGCACCUGGCUCCGCGCCACCGUCUACGGUGCUCUUCUCAUCCAGCCUAGAGAGGGCACCAAUUUCCCCUUCGCUAAACCAAACCGUCAAUCCACUCUCCUUCUCGGGGAAUGGUGGAAUGCAAACCCGGUCGAUGUGGUUAGGGAAGCGACCCGAACCGGUGCGGCCCCAAAUAUUUCGGACGCUUACACCAUUAAUGGCCAGCCGGGAGAUCUCUACAACUGCUCUAAGCAAGACACCGUCGUGGUCCCAAUCAGCUCCGGCGAGACCAACCUCCUCCGAGUGGUCAACUCCGCCAUGAACCAGCCGCUCUUCUUCACCAUCGCCAACCACAAAUUCACCGUCGUCGGAGCAGACGCAUCCUACGUCAAACCCUUCACCACUUCCGUCCUAAUGCUGGGCCCGGGCCAAACCACCGACGUCCUCAUCUCCGGCGACCAGACCCCCGGCCGCUACUACAUGGCCGCACGUGCCUACCAGAGCGCACAAAACGCACCGUUCGACAACACCACCACCACCGCCAUCCUCGAGUACAGCAAGUCCUCCUCCGCCGCCAAACCGAUCAUGCCACGUCUCCCGGCCUUCAACGACACCCCGACGGUGACCGCCUUCAGCACCAGCUUCCGGAGCCGCGAGAAGGCCCUGGUCCCGGCCCAGGUCGAUGAAAACUUGUUCUUCACAGUGGGCCUGGGCCUGAACAGCUGCCCGCCCAACUUCAACAAGACCCAACAAUGCCAAGGGCCCAACGGAACCAGAUUCACCGCCAGCAUGAACAACGUCUCGUUCUCUCUCCCGUCCAACUUCUCCCUCCUCCAGGCCCAUAAGCAGGGGAUCCGCGGCGUCUUCACCACCGACUUCCCCGCCGCGCCGCCGCGGGUGUUCGAUUACACCGGAAACGUCAGCCGAUCGCUCUUCCAGCCGGCGACGGGGACCAAGCUGUACAGGUUGAAGUACGGGUCGAGGGUUCAAGUUGUGCUUCAGGGUACCAGCAUCGUGACACCGGAGAAUCACCCGAUUCAUCUCCAUGGAUACGAUUUCUACAUCAUCGCUGAAGGGUUUGGGAAUUUCAACCCCAAGACCGAUUCUUCGAAGUUCAAUCUCGUGGAUCCGCCUCUGAGGAACACUGCUGCUGUGCCUGUUGGUGGGUGGGCGGUUAUCCGAUUCGUCGCGGAUAAUCCAGGUGUGUGGCUGAUGCACUGUCAUUUGGAUGUUCAUAUCACAUGGGGGCUGGCCAUGGCGUUUUUGGUGGAGGAUGGAGUUGGGAAAUUGGAAGCCAUAGAGCCGCCUCCAGAGGAUCUUCCAAUCUGUUCAUGAAUGAGUAAUUGAGGAAGAAGAAGAAGAAGAAGGGAUGAACUGUUUUUACACAUCCAUGGGAGUAGUGUGUAUUUGGCCCUGCAUUUGGGGAAAUUAUGUAUUUGGGUAUUUCCUUAUAGUUUUCCAGUCAGUCGGGUUUUGGUACAAUCAAUUGAUUAUCUCAGAGUAAGUUUUCUUUGUUGUUGUUGUUGAAGUGAAAUGAAAUGGAUCAAGUAAUUCUGUAGUUCGACAUCAGUCUUGCAAUGGACAAAGAGUGAAUGAUUACCAAAUAGACGAUCAUGAGCAACACUACUCAUGCAACCGACCAUUUGAGGAUUUUUUGUUCUUCUUCUUUAACCUUUUCUGCCGUUCCCGACAUAGUUGAAGCACUCAAAACAAUGAGAUGAUGACUAGUUGGACAAAGAAUCCAAAUCCUGCCAUUAGCUAGCUACGAAUCAUUGCCCCCUGUUUUUGCCAAAUCCAGAUUUAUCUCAAAUCCUCCAUCAAUUAAAUAGGAUGGAAAACGACAAGCAGGCAAAAUAAUAGAGAAUAGAGAAUUAGGAUUAUAGUUAUACAAAAAUUUCUCUGAUCAUUGUUGUUUGUUUUCCUAUAAAUUUCCCUUAAUCAAAUUUGAUCAACCUUGUCGGAAAAACAGCUACUAGCCUACCUCUAUUACAUACAAUUUGUAUAAAUUAUCUAUUGGUUUAACCACUCAAUUUAGUGCAAGACUUUGAGUUAUGAGAGUUACCACUUAGAUUAAUUGUGUGGUAUUUCAGUGUGGUUUGCAAUUUUAUUGGCAUUGCAUAACUAAUAAGUCAUUUUACAAGACCAUAAAUUGUGGUUUUACAAGACACUGGUUCUUCGAUUUUCUCCUAAACCGUAGAAUAUCUUCUCGAGUGUUUUUCAUUUAUGUUGAUAGUUCUACUUACUCCACAAAUUUUGUAUUGUGAAUAUUAUUUUGUGACUUUAGUGGAUUUACUAGCUUGUCCAUCCUGUGGUUUUUCUACCUCCGCUUUGAAGAGUUUUUUCACGUAAAAUUGGUAUCUUUUCUUUGUUCCUUCUCUUAUCUAUUUUUCUUGUUCAAUUUCAUAUUGAGUUUGUUUCUGCUAGAGUUGUUUUAUCAAGGUUCAAAAGUCAUGGGGUGAAAACAAAACUCAAUUCUUCAAAAAGCUUGUGCAACUUCUAUAGGUUGAUCCUAAUACCCUACUAAACAUAUCCUUACACAAGUUUUUGUAUAAUAUUCACAACUCACCUUGAGCCUCUAUAAAAAUUAGAAACAACG